AUGCGUCUCUCAUGGGGACUCGUCCUGGGUCUGGGCCUCGGCGCCAGCGCAGGUCGAAUUGCUCCUCGCCAGAAUGACGCGAGUACUACUGGACCAUCUCCGGCAGCAUCGUCAAUAGGCGGCGGUAGUGAACCAACCACCCCCCCAAGCACCAGCAGCAGCAGUAGUAGCAGCAGCAGCAGUAUCAGCACCCCCUCCUCUUCAGCUGGGGGCGGUGACACCACUGUUUUUGUAACUGCUACUGUUACCAGUGCAGGCGGUGGCAGCACUGUCAGCGAGACGACUACUGUUACUGCUAGUUCUGUCACAACCGUUACCAUCACGACGACGGACAUUGCUACUACGACCAUCACUAUGACCGAUGGUGAAACCUCUACCAGGACGGUCUUUGUUACAUCUACGCAAACUGUCAACAUGAAGCGCCGCAGCGUAGGGAACGUUUUGCAAUUUAACGGCAAUGGACCUGCUCAUGUUGACGCCCAGCCUACUGCUGCUACCACUGCUACUGGCAUACCGAGCAGAGACCUGAGUCCGGAGAGAAUUGGAAUCGAGAAGCGUGCUGUCGUCACUUCUACAGUUACCGUGACUGUCGGUGGUGGAGGUAGCGCUACAACUGUUACCCAGACCGUCACUAAGAAUGUCAGGUCUACCACGACUACCGUUGUUCAUACGACAUCCUUGGUUACUGAGACCUUCCAAGCCAACGCUAAGACGACCGUCACAGUAACCAGCACUAUUGUCACCAAACUUACUGUUGUCUCUACUGGUGUUGUUGAGUCAACUUCUACCCCUACCAACAGCCCAAAUCCCCCCAACAACGACGACAAUAAUGGCGGACUCUCCACGGGUGCCAAAGCCGGUAUUGGUGUCGGAGCUGGUGUCGCUGGCCUGGCCAUCAUCGGCGCUCUUCUAUGGUUCUUCACCAGACGUCGCCGUAGUCCCAAGCCUGAUCCAGAUGAUUUGCUUGGACCUUCCUCUGAGGUUCCCGUUGGCGCUGGCGGCUCACGCCCCAUGUCUGAAGGAUUGGCGUCUACCCCAGGUUCUGUCCCUCGCCGAAGUCCAGUUCUGCCCAAUGUUCAGCCCGAGGGUUAUCGUGGAACAGCCAAGGGAGAUGGCCGUGCCGGAUACGCCAAACCUGAACCGUACGGCGCGGCAUAUGCCCCUACCCGAUCCACCACUAACAGCUCAUACCCCCCUCGGAGCGGCACUCUGUCUCCUGGCGACCAACUGCCACGACAUCCCACCCCUGAUACAACAACGGUGGCUUCAGUAAGCCCUCUCUCAGCCAGACCACAAACAGCUGAACUGGGCAACGAUGGAGCUGGUGCUAGAUGGCACACGAGUGAGGCUGCCGAGAUGGCCUCGGACAAUCCGGCCGCCGCCAAGUGGCACAGUGAUAACGCCCAUGAGAUUGACAGCCAUGCUGUCAUGAGCCACCAGAGCGGGCCUGUGUAUGAGAUGCCAACGGAACACUUCAAAUAG